AUGUCCAAUUCCCUUCUUCCCCCCAUCCCCUUCCCUGCUUCUCCCCAUCCCCUUCCUUUUCCCCCCCAAUCCCUUUCCCUGCUUCCCCAUGUUCCCUUCCCUGCUUCCCCCCAUCCCCUUCCCUUCUUCCCCCCAUACCUUUACUUGCUUCCCCCUAUCUCCUUCCCUGCUUCCUCCCAUCCCUUCCCUUCUUCCCCCCAUCCCAUUACCUGCUUCGUCCCAUCCCCUUCCUUGCUUCCCCCAAUCCCCUUCCCUGAUUCCCCCCAUCCCCUUCUUUGCUUCCCACCAUCCCCUUCCCUGCUUCACCGUGUCCCCGUCCCUGCUUCCCCUCAUACCCUUCCCUUCUUCCCCCCAUCCCUUUCCUUGCUUCCCCCCAUCCCCUUCCCUGCUUCCCCAUGUCCCCUUCCCUACUUCCCCCCAUCCCCUUCCCUACUGCCCCCGAUCCCCUUCCCUGCUUCCCCGUGUCCCUGUCCCUGCUUCCCCCCAUCCCCUUCCCUUUUUCCCCCCAUCACCUCCCCUGCUUCCCCGCAUCCUCUUCCCUGCUUCCCCAUGUCCCCUUCCCUACUUCCCCCCAUCCCCUUCCCUACGUCCCAACAUCCCUUUCUCUGCUUCCCCCCAUCCCCUUCCCUGCUUCCCCCCAUCCCUUUCCCUGCUUUCCCCCAUCCCCUUCCCUGCUUUCCCAUGUCCCUUUCUCUGCUUCCCCCCACCCCGUUCCCUUCUUUCCCCCAUCCCUUUACCUGCUUCCCCGUGUCCCCUUCCCUGCUUCGCCGUGUCCCCUUCCCUGCUUCUCUGUGUCCCCUUCCCUGCUUCCUCCCAUCCCAUUCCCUUCUUUCCCAUGUCCCUUUCCCUGCUUCCCCCCAUCCCCUUCCCUGCUUUCCCAUGUCCCUUUCCUUGCUUCCCCCCAUCCCCUUCCCUGCCUCCCCCCAUCCUGUUCCCUUCUUCCCACCAUCCUUUACUUGCUUACCCCCAUCUCCUUCCCUGCUUCCUCCCAUCCCCUUCCCUUCUUCCCCCCAUCCCUUUACCUGCUUCCCCCCAUCCCCUUCCCUGCUUCCCCCCAUCCCCUUCCCUGCUUCCCCAUUUCCCUUUCCCUGCUUCCCCCCAUCCCCUUCCCUACUUUUCCAUUUCCCUUUCCCUGCUUCCCCCCACCCCCUUCCCUUCUUCCCCCCAUCCCUUUACCUGCUUCCCCGUGUCCCCUUCCCUGCUUCCCUGUGUCCCUUUCCCUGCUUCCCCCCACCCCCUUCCUUGCUUCCUCAUUUCCCCUUUCCUGUUUCCCCCCAUCCCCUUCCCUGCUUCACCAUGUCCCUUUCCCUCUUUCCUCCCAUCCCCUUCCCUGCUUACCCAUGUCCCUUUCCCUGCUUCCCCCCAUCCCCUUCCCUUCUUCCCCCCAUCCCUUUCCCUGCUCCCCCCCAUCCCCUUCCCUUCUCCCCCCGAUCCCUUUCCCUCCUUCCCCCCAUCCCCUUCCCUGCUUCCCCCCAUCCCUUUCCUUGCUUCCCCCGAUUCCCUUCCGUGCUUCCCCAUGUCCCUUUCCCUGCUUCCCCCCAUCCCCUUCCCUGCGUCCCCUCAUCCCUUUCCUUGCUUCCUCCAAUCCCCUUCCCUGCUUCCCCCCAUCCCCAUCCGUGCUUCCCCUUAUCCCCCCUGCUUGCCCCCAUCCCCUUCCCUGCUUCCCCUCAUCCCCGUCCCUUCUUCCCCCAUCCCUUUACCUGCUUUCCGGUGUCCCCUUCCCUGCUUCCCCGUGUCCCCUUCCCUGCUUUCCCAUGUCCUUUUCCCUGCUUCCCCGUGUCCCCUUCCCUGCUUUCCCGUGUCCCCUUCCACAGCACUCACACGCACCACUUGUCUGCUCUUCAGAUUCUCCCUCAGAUUCCUCCUCACAUGUCUUGUGGAACCCGGGCGCACCCGGUGCUGGUGGGGAGGUGUGGCCGCCCAAGAAGCUCCAUGACGUGCCCACAGAGAAAAAGUGGGAACAGGGGUGGGGGCAGUGGGGAGCUGCGAGGAGGACGAGGAGGAGCAGCCACGCCUAGCGCUGGCGGCUUCCAUGGAGGGGCAUACCGAGGAAGAGGCGGGAAGGUGGGCAAGGUGGGGAGCAAGGCACUCUCUCCAUGUGUUGUCCGAAUCCUUCAAAACAACCUGCUUGCCACCCAUCCCACGCCUCUGCACAGUCCUUCCUGCCAUGCUCAUUCCCUUGCUCUCCCACUCACUACCUUGUUCUCCCAUGCCCCACUCUCCAGUCCCCCAGAUGCUGGGAAGCAGAUCUACGACUGGACCCGUCCCGAGGUGAACCCCUCGGCGCACCCCUCGGCGCACCGCCACGCCGGUCAUGGAGCAUCAGCAGCCCAUGGCACAGUUCGGCGGGUUAUGCGAGAUAAGGCGCGCAGCUGGCAGAGCUGCGAGGCAACUUUCUCUCAAGACUGCCUUCAACCUCCCCUGCUCCCCUAG